CGCGUGAGGAAGGCCAAAGGUCAGCCCAGCGAGUUCCGCUUCCGGUUCCGGCACUCGGUUUGUUGUCGGAAAGCUUUGUGGUCUUGGCGAGCCCUCUGGGGUGAUCUCUGGGGUCUGGUGAGGGCAGGGAAUCUCCCGAAGCCAGCUGCUGCAGACAUGGCGGCCUCCACCGCAGCCGGGAAACAGCGCAUUCCCAAAGUGGCCAAGGUAAAAAAUAAAGCCCCAGCUGAAGUACAAAUAACUGCUGAACAACUUUUACGAGAGGCUAAAGAAAGAGAACUUGAGCUUCUUCCACCUCCACCUCAACAGAAGAUCACAGAUGAAGAAGAAUUAAAUGAUUACAAACUAAGGAAAAGGAAGACUUUUGAAGAUAACAUAAGAAAAAAUAGGACGGUGAUUAGUAACUGGAUAAAAUACGCACAAUGGGAAGAAAGUCUAAAGGAGAUUCAAAGGGCACGAUCCAUAUACGAGCGUGCUUUAGAUGUAGACUAUCGAAAUAUUACACUGUGGCUGAAAUAUGCAGAAAUGGAAAUGAAGAAUCGCCAAGUUAAUCAUGCCCGAAAUAUCUGGGACCGUGCCAUCACAACUCUGCCACGAGUCAACCAGUUCUGGUACAAGUACACAUACAUGGAGGAGAUGUUGGGGAACAUUGCUGGUGCCCGCCAGGUGUUUGAGCGCUGGAUGGAGUGGCAGCCUGAGGAGCAAGCUUGGCACUCCUAUAUCAACUUUGAGCUAAGAUACAAAGAGGUGGAACGAGCCCGCACAAUUUAUGAACGCUUUGUCCUUGUACACCCUGAUGUGAAGAACUGGAUCAAGUAUGCCCGCUUUGAAGAAAAACAUGCUUAUUUUGCCCAUGCACGGAAAGUGUAUGAGAGAGCUGUUGAAUUCUUUGGAGAUGAACAUAUGGAUGAACACCUUUAUGUUGCCUUUGCCAAAUUUGAGGAAAAUCAGAAAGAAUUUGAAAGGGUACGAGUCAUCUAUAAGUAUGCCCUGGAUAGAAUUCCAAAACACGAGGCCCAAGAACUCUUUAAAAAUUAUACCAUCUUUGAGAAGAAGUUUGGCGACAGGAGGGGUAUUGAAGACAUCAUCGUGAGCAAACGGAGAUUCCAGUAUGAAGAAGAAGUGAAGGCUAAUCCACACAAUUAUGAUGCAUGGUUUGAUUACUUGCGCUUGGUGGAAAGUGACGCAGAAGCUGAAACUGUGCGUGAGGUCUAUGAGAGAGCCAUUGCCAAUGUCCCACCCAUUCAGGAGAAGAGGCACUGGAAGCGCUACAUAUAUCUUUGGAUCAACUAUGCACUCUAUGAAGAAUUAGAGGCAAAGGAUCCUGAAAGGACAAGACAGGUGUAUCAAGCCUCUUUGGAACUAAUUCCUCACAAAAAGUUCACGUUUGCCAAAAUGUGGUUAUAUUAUGCACAAUUUGAAAUAAGACAGAAAAAUUUACCAUUUGCCAGAAGAGCUUUGGGAACUUCUAUAGGCAAAUGUCCAAAGAACAAGUUAUUUAAAGGCUACAUAGAAUUGGAGCUGCAGCUUCGAGAAUUUGACAGAUGCCGGAAGCUUUAUGAAAAGUUCCUGGAAUUUGGGCCUGAAAAUUGUACCUCCUGGAUUAAAUUUGCAGAACUAGAGACAAUCCUUGGUGAUAUUGAAAGAGCCCGGGCCAUUUAUGAGUUAGCCAUCAGCCAACCACGCUUAGACAUGCCAGAGGUGCUUUGGAAAUCAUAUAUUGAUUUUGAAAUUGAACAGGAAGAAACAGAAAGAACAAGAAAUCUUUAUCGACAAUUGCUUCAGCGAACACAACAUGUCAAGGUAUGGAUCAGUUUUGCUCAGUUUGAGUUGUCUUCAGGGAAAGAAGGAAGUGUGGCUAAAUGUAGACAGAUUUAUGAAGAGGCUAACAAAACCAUGCGAAACUGUGAAGAAAAGGAAGAGAGACUUAUGCUGCUAGAAUCCUGGCGAAGCUUUGAAGAUGAAUUUGGAACAGCAUCAGAUAAGGAGAGAGUAGACAAACUCAUGCCAGAAAAAGUCAAGAAGAGAAGAAAGGUCCAGGCUGAUGAUGGGUCUGAUGCAGGAUGGGAAGAAUACUAUGAUUACAUCUUUCCAGAAGAUGCUGCCAACCAACCUAACCUCAAGCUCUUGGCCAUGGCCAAACUUUGGAAGAAACAGCAACAGGAAAAGGAGGCUGCUGAGCAAGAUCCAGAUAAGGAUGUGGAUGAGAGUGAAUCCUGAUAUUUUCUUCGUAUUGAAAAGUGUUUUAUUAUUUUUAUAAAUUGACAGUUUGGAACUCUUCAGACUCCUGGAAGUUUUUAUAUUCACCAGCAAGGAAUUAUUUGGGAUUUUUGAUGGCUACUUUUUUGAAUCAUUUUUAAAAUGCUCUGGAUUAGGUAGGGGUGAGGAAUUGCAAGUAAAUGCAUUUUUUAAAUGCUGGAUUUCUUCACUUGACUCCAAACUUUCCUAAUGUUUGUCUAUAUCAUGCAUUAGGAAAUGUAAUUGAGGUUAUGCUUAGCAUCUAUUUUAGAUGGACCUGCAGAUUUAUUUUGACUCAUUUUUUUAAAAAAGUUUUCAGGUUACAGUCUGCAGUAAUAUUUCAGAUAUAGUUUUCUAAUGUUAUGCAUUCAUGAAACCUAUAACUUUUUACUGUUUUCAAAGUCAAUCUUGAAUUCAGUUUCCAGCACUGCCACUUAGUGAUUGUGUAUUUUAACCUUUUUUUUUUUUUUCAGUUUCCUUGCUCGUAAAAUAGGUCAAUUCUUUGACAGCACAUUUCAAAAUUAUAUUAGAAAAAUACCUGGUGCACAGUAAGUGGAUAAAACAUUUGUUCUUUUCCAGUGUUAAAUAUGUUCAUUCCUUGUAAAUCAGGAUAUGCUUGAAUUAACAUCAAAACAUCUUUACCUUCUCAAUAGUGGCCAGUUAUACCAAAAGCUAUUAAAAACAUUGCAAAGUUAACUUACAGUGACUAUUUUUCUGAAGUCAUUUUUACCAAUAACAUUUAGUUUCAAUUAUACCAUUAUUAGUUCCUUAAACUGGUUUGAGUUUUGUAGUUGAGUUUUGACUUGUUUUAUAAGAUGUGCUAUGAAAAAUGAUGCCCCCUUUUCAAGUAAGUUUGGGAAAUCCUAGAUUAAAGCUUAAACUGUUAAUGGAGUCUCUAAAAUCAGUCUUCUUGGAGCCUUUGGUAUACUGCUAUAUAUCAUGAAUCUUCAUAAUGAUGGUGUCCUAUUGUUUCCCAAAUUUAAUGAACAAUGGAAUUAUAAAUUUUAUCUAGAAUAUUAUCUCUGUGUGCUAAGUACAAAAAAAGUUUACUCAUAACACCCAACAUGUUAAACUUAGCCUAGGGGUUUAGAGCAUACGUAAAAACACUGAAGGUACCAUAUACUAAAUAAUGAAAGCUUAAUGUAGCACAAGAAUGAAAACAUUAUUAAUAUUAUGAUGUAUUACUUACAUUCUCAAGCAGAAAAACUGAUCUGUUUCAUUUAACUUAGCUGGUAUUUCAAGCAUACUUUUUUGUUUUGCUUUGUUUACUACACAAACAUCCAGCUGUAUUUUCAAGACUCUUUCUCACCUGUAGGACCAUUAAUAAGUAAAUUUAAUAUUAAAUGUAUAAAUUCA